GAAGCGGACGAGUGAGCCCAGGGCGCUCGCUCCCCGGCACGGCUCCAGAGCUCCCGAUCCAGGACAGCAAUACAGUCCGUGCCGCGGGCCCCGACGCACAACAAAAACGGCGGGCCCAAUGUCCAGCAGCCAUGGCUUGGAGCGCGGCGACACGCCGGAGCCGAUUCCCAAGCAGCAGCUCUUCUCCGAGAUCACCUACGAGAACCUGGACACGGCCGCUUCGGAAGCCUCGCUCCGGGGCCGUCACCGGCACAGCCCGGCCUCGUCGUCCACCACCUCGUCGGUGUCGGCGGCCUACGGCGGCUGGUCGCGUUUCUCGGUAGAUCACGGCGGCGACGCCGCGAUCCGCUCGGCGGCCGGCAACUCCAUCUUCACCGGCCGCCUGUCCUUCAAGCGCAGCCUGCAGUGGAACCCGACGGCCUCCGCGGACCGCAAGCUGCGUGAGCGACGCCUGUCCCUCUGGCGCUACGGCUCGCUCGAGGGCGCCAGUUCGUCGCAGUUCAGGACGCCGCAGGCACCGCGCGACGGCGGCAAGCUCGUCUGCUUCGCGCUCUCCUUCCUCUCGGCUGGCGUCGCCCUGGUCGUGCUCGUCGUGUGCCUGAGGCUCACGGCCCGGAGCGGAGACCCGUUGGAUGCCGCGCACCACAUGCCCGCGCUGCCGUGCGACCAGUACGAGUACUGCGACCAAGAGACCAAGGCCGUCCAGCGCUGGAUCAACCACACGGUCAAGCCGUGCGACGACUUUCACGAGUUCGCCUGCGGCGUGUGGACGCGGUCGCACGGCGGCUACAGCGCGUCCGACGAAGAAAAGGUGAACUGGGUGCUCAACACGCUCCUGACUCGAGCGCUGUCCGAGAUGGCCGAGAAGCCGGCGGCGGCAGCCAACGGGUCGACGUUCGAGUUCGAGCUGGCCAACGAUGUGCUCUUCGAGCAGUGCAUGAAAACGGACUCACGAGAGCGACGAAGCCUGGGCAUGGCUCGAAAGCAGCUUGCUGAGUUUGGUCUGGGCGGAUGGCCUUACACGCAGCCGCACCACCAUGACGUAACCUUCACCAACGUGCUGGUCACGGCCUCUCGUCUGGCGCUCAACCUGGGUCUCGCGGCUCUCGCGAACGUGCGAGUCUUCGGCAGCGCCCGAGACAGGACCUUUGAGAUUGACGACCCCGUCCUGCUGCUUCGAAAAGACGACCUCUCCGGGUUCGAGAUGAAGGCCAGGGCUCUUGUCCUGCACCGGCAGCUCAUCGCCGAGUCCUUCUUCUACUUCGCACACACGUCUCGGGACGUCUACAAGGUGCAGGAGCAGAUCCAGCUGGUGUCCCUCAUUCUUGCCCAUGCCACCAGGAGGGCUUCGGAGCGCCGCUUCUGCACCUUUUCGCACGUGACCACCGCGCUCGGCGAACUGGGAGUCUUGGAACUCUACAUCAGAAGGCUGAUGCCCGACAGGGCCAACAUCUCAGACAACUCGACGGUCCUCCUGAGGAACCCGCUUGUGGCCAGAGCGCUGGACUUUGUCUUCCGCUACUUGGGACCCGAGCAUCUGCUCAACUACCUCGGCUUCCGGCUGCUGGUUCACUUGUCUCCGUUCAUCUUCGAGAUACCCAACAACAUUGUGAGGGCCCGCAUGAAUCAGCUGACCGGCGUCGACAAGAUGGUCUGGCUCAAGGCCGAGGUCUGCCUUCGGCUGUCGGAGGAGGCGCUGCCGCUUUUCUACCUCUACGACCUGUACGCGACCAAGCCAGCCGCGUACUGGCAGAACAUUGACAGCUUCGUCAGGAUCGUUAAGCGAGCUGUGCUCAGCCGAGCCGUCGUUCCCUGGAAGUUUUCUCCCGAGGACAAGAAGAAGCUUUUGCGCAUACUCAUGCUGAUGGAGUUCAAGACAUUCUUGCCGCACUGGCUUCUCAACGACACGCUUCUGGAGGCCUACAACCGGCGGCUGCUUCCCAACCGGAACGCCGACAUCUUCCAGAUGUACUCACAUGUCUGGCGCCGACGCACGCAUGCCGCGCUCUCGCCGCGACCUCUGGACAAGUACCUGACAGAGCCGGAGUGGCAGGGCUCGGUCUUCGACACCAUGCCCGUCUACUCAUUCGCCGAGAACACAGUGUACGUUCCCAUGGCGCUGUUCAACACGACGUUGCCUGGCACCCAAGACGCCUUCUACCUGCACGCCGUGGAGGCCACCUGGAAGCUUGCCUACGCCCUGGCCCCCAUCUUCGAGCUGAGCAACUACUGGGACAACACUACGCUGGCGAGCUACACCGGCUACGAGGCAUGUGCUGCGAUCCGCUACGGUCCGUACCUUACGCCCGGCAUACGUGACAGUGCGCUUCACCUCUCCUAUGCCGACGAGAUCUCGGUCUUCUGGAGCGAGAGACUGCUUCUCGUCCUCCUGUCGACCUCCGGCGUGAACCCUCUGGUCGGCUACGACCGCGAGCGCUUCUUCUAUCUGUACACGGCCAUGAGCAAGUGCAGAAGCUACGGCGUCUCGCUGCAGCCCACGUCGACGGUGACCAGCAAGCAGCGCGUCAACAUCCCGUACCAGUACUCGGCCAAGUUCCGCAAGCUGUGGUCGUGCAAAAACCACAACCCCUGCAAGUGA